AUGGUCCUGAAGGCUGCGCUUCUACUGGCGCUGGCGUCAGCCGUCGCGUCAAAAUGCGUUUGCUCUCGCAAUUACACAAGUACUGUACCCUCGUUUGUCAUCAAUGGUGCGUACGAUGAUGAAACCUUCGAAAAUUGCUCUCCGCAGAAAUGCCUCAUCGUCAUCAACCAGAACAACCCGGCGAGGGGUGUUGGGGGUUUUGUGAUUAACGAAUUUGUCCAAGCAGGCAGCCGCUUUACCGUGACAAUUCGCGACGGAGACAAUCCACAAUUUGCCUUGACGCGCGCCAAUUACCACUUCUUCACUGACGCAUUGGCUGCAUUCGUAAGCAGGACUUCAUCGGUCACCAUUGAGCUAGCAUAUAAUGGUGAUCUGAAUGUUUCGUUUAAUAUGUAUGCAUUCUGGCGUGAUCUAGAGCCAACCAGGACCCCGGUUACGGGUGCUACCUACCCGCCACCCCUCGCACGCGCAGGAAAUUUGGGCGUGGAUUUGGGUAUUGUUAUCGACCUCGCCGGCGAUGAUGAGGAGGCCUUUACUGCGAUGAAAAACACGAUCAAAAUGACCAUCAGCGAGCUGAGCGUCCACCAGGAUCCGAAAAAAGUUUAUGGUGCCCGGCUGUCGCUGCAGUACCUUUCCGCUAAUGGGACUGGGGCCAAUAACAUGUUUGAGCCAUGGUCUGCAUCCGUUUCUGACGUCAUGUCCGCCCUCGAUCAGAUGCCGACUGGUAGCCCAACGGCCAAUUAUACGAGCGCUCUUUCUACUUUCCUCAACCUGAAUGGAUCGUUUUCCACAAAUUCAAGCUAUGGAGCAAGCUCGCGAAAGAAUGUACAACUGAUCUAUGCUAUCUUUACGCAACAUGAGCCGGAUGAUAUCGCCGGCUUGAGCAAACUCAUUUCGGAUCAAAGAAACCCGGAUGUACAUGUUGUUUUUCAUUGGUUCCGGGCGACGCCCUCCGUCGACUUUCGAGCCUUGUCAGCAUACUAUCCUAACGUGGCUUACCUGCCGUAUGACCCAGCGAAUCCCUUUAAUCUCUACAACAACUAUAUCUUAACCGGGGAUACUGAUCCGAGAUUUGGAUGCGGAGGCGGGAGGAGCGAAACGCUUUUACUGAAUGGACGAAUCUCAUCGUACUACUGGCCACCGCUUUUUAGGGGAACGUCAGCCAACUACUGCAACAAUCAAGCAUCGACAUUGACCAUCAUUGACUAUCCAGAAAGCACCAAAACCAUCUACAUCAACGUGGCUCAGUACGAACUUGAAAUGGAAAAGGAUUAUAUUCGAUUUUUUGACUCGGAGGGAACAGAGCAAGGAAGUGUGACGGGUGGAAACGGGGGCCAAGGGCCCUCCUUCACUAUUAAUGGCUCGUCGGCCACGGUCACCUUUACCACGAACGAGUACCUCGCUUACAGCGGAGUUUUCCUUUUGAUCACCCCUUAUAAA